UCUGUAUUUCACACCUCAUUGAAUCACUGCAUACAUCACUCAAUUUUCAUACAAGCUAACUCCAUUAUCCAAUCAAAAUAUUGAACUGUGGACAAUUGACCAAUAGAAAGAACUUUAACAAUUACCAAUUCUAGUUAAAUAUGAACUUUGACACUGAAAAAAUUCAAAAUAUCUUUACACAAAGAACAAAGUGUACAUGUUAACAACACCUCAGGAAAAGAUUAUAGACAGUGCAUUAAAAGGAACUUGUGAAUAAAUAUCGAGAUAAAUUAUCACCAUUUAUUGAUACAAUAAUCUAAGAUGGAGGACCUGAGUGAUUUAACAUUUGAUUGUAAAUUGAGUUCAGUAGCACUAGAGGAUCUAUAUUCAUCUAUAGACAAUGAUGUGACAGAUUGUGGGGCAGAUAUGAGUCGACCAUCUAGUACAGUGAGCUUUAGUUCAUGGACAUUCUCUCCUAUAUCAGAGGACAAUAAUGAUCUUGAUCAUCUUGAUGAUAAUAAAGCCCAUCAGAAGCCAGAAUUAGCUGUUCAGCCAGUAUCAGCCACUAUCCAGCCAGUAUCAGCCACUAUUCAACCAGUAUCAGCUAUCAAACCAGUAUCUACAUGUGUUCAACCAGCUGUAGUGCCUCAUCAAUAUCCAACUAACCAGCCACAUUACAACCCAUCAUGUGACUUUGUUUACCCCAAUACUAUCACAUAUCAUCAAAGUGUUAACAUUCAUAACUAUGUCGGGAACUACUGUAUUGGGGCACCAGUAUGGAAACCAGAAUAUGUGUGGGAUCGACCUGUACCCAGCCAGACACCAUUCCUCGACAGACCAGACACUCCUCAACAACUUAUAGAUCACCAUGAUCCACUAGCUAACCUGAACACAGCCGGUCUAGAGUUUACACGAUGUUCAACACCAGAGUACCUGAUGGCUCUCAACUCGCUCAACCAACUCGAUUCUCCUCCGAGACCAAACCAUUCUCUAGCAAUGAACUAUAACUGUACAACAUCAUUUGAGGAGUCAAUAAAUAAAUCUACAAAUAACAUCAAACAUGAUAGUGGAUAUAAUUCAGACUUGAACGCAUCUCCGGUAAUCCAGCUACAAGAUGGGAACGGCAAACAUCUCCGACAAAAACAAACAUCAACCCCUCAACAUCAACCAAUUCAGCCUCCACCAGUUCUUAGAAUGAUGGACAUUCCCCAAAAUAACAAGGAAAAUGUGCCUCAACAAUUUGUGCCUCAAACAUUUACAAUUCCAACUCCAAGAUUUUUAACAAAACCUCAGUGCAGUGACAUCCAAUCAGAAAGCGUAUUAAUGCAACCUGGUGGCUAUCUUAAAUCUACUCUUCAUAAACCUCUAGUUGAUACAAAUGGUCCAAAAUACAAAACCAUGGCAGAUUAUCAAAUUGCCAAGAAAACAAAAGCUGAGGCAGUAAAAGCUGCUAAACGUAAGAAUGAAAGUGAGAUAUCUUCAGAUAGUAAACGUCGUCGUCACAACGAACCUCUCAGUAACAAAGCUCUACAAGUCAUGAAUGAGUGGUAUGAACAACACUUAGAAAACCCAUACCCUACUAAAGCUGAAAAAGAAGAUCUCGCUAAACGUGGAGGAAUUACCCUGGGACAGGUUAAAUCAUGGUAUGCCAACAAACGUAACCGUAGCAACAACACAAGGCCAAAGAAACAGAAGAAAGAGAUGGAAGGUCGUUUAAUGGACAUAUGUCACCAGCUAGCACGAGAUGCCAGUAAACCAGACAAGGAUAACGCUUACUAUAUCCAACAACUCUCCUCUAUCUUAGAUACAACCAAAUAUUGUUGAUAUAUAUUUAUGUGACCUAAUAACUAAAAUUGUGCUAUGUUAUUUUGCAAAUUAGUAAAUUUACUGACACAAUAUCUAAGAUCAUUUUUACAUGUUAGGUGUAUCUACCAUCAGAAUGUUGAAUUUGUGAUAUGAUGACAUUAGUGAUAAUCAAGUGGCAUUAUUUCAUAUCAAAUAUUUUUCUGUGAUUUUUUUUUCUGUGAUAAAUGAUUCAGUCCAUUUUUUCUGUAACAUGUGCAAUAUAUAUGUUGUAUGUCUUUCAAAAGUGUAUGUAAAUUUCGAGACAAAUCUGACAAAAACUGGCUAAUUGCAAUGCAUUUCCUAGUUAAUACUAGAUUUUGUGUCAAGAUUUUGUGUCAAUGAUGAUAUGUCAUAAUUGUUAAUGUUUUGUUAUGUAAAUUUGUUAUUUAUGAUAAAUGUGCUAAUUAUUUGUGCUAUUGUGUAAAUAAUGUAUAUAAUAUUUAUUGUAUUUCACUUGUCUUUCAUUAAAUUACUCUUAUUAUUCUGCAUGCAUUAUGUUUUUAUAAU